UAUUUUUCCAAUCCGAGAAAUGUACGCAGAAGCGUGCAAAUGACCAUUCUUAAUAUAUUCGCUUGUGUUUACCACUUCAUAUCUUAAUUUGAAAUACACAAUUACCAUUUUUUAACGUAGCCUAAUGAUAUAGCAUGCGUAUUUUGCACUUGUAUAAUCUUCCGAACAUCACUACAAAGAGGGUCCGUUUAAAACAUUAACACUUUAAAUCACGUAUAGUUUGGAACAGAUAUUCAAGGAAUACUGAGUUUAUUAAGUUUGGUUUGUAGUCGUUAUAGAAAUUAGAUCAGGUCAUUUAAAGGGGUAUAAUUUGAGGUUGAAAGCUAAUAAAUCUGAUUGUAAAAUGAUGAGAAAUAGACUUGUAAGUGCAAGACUGUGGGUGUGAGUGGCUGGAGAUGGAGGCUCGCGCGAGGCUAGCAUUUCCCAGCUUCUGAUUGGUUCUUAUUUGAAGGAGCUCAUGGGUUCUUUCAACUAUUAAGCGCCUCCCCAUCCCUCUAAAGGACAUUAUAAUGCAAGGGACCUCCUUUUUUAAACACAAACCGAAUUUUCUUUCAUUUAGGCUAUAUAUACUUUUAAAUAGUUUUAAGUCGUAGUUUUUUUUGGAAAGCAUUUCGCCCUGGAGCGGUGCGCAAUGCUAUCGCACGCCGACCUCCUGGAUGCUCGCCUCGGUGAGUUAUCGUCACCAAACUCCGGUCUUCAACUCUACUGGAUGAAGGAUGCCGCGGCGGAGCUUCUAGGACACAGGGAGGCGUUAAAGUGUAGACUAGGAGCUGGGGUGUCUGACCCCGGGCAUCCGGGCGAUAUAGCCCCAGGUCCCGAUGCUGUUGAAGGAGCGACGCUUCUGUCUGGAGACGACAUGAACAAUGCUGGAUCAAAUCCUUCCGGCAUGCAGGUCAACACAAAAGACCAGGAAAAACAACAACAGCAGCAGAAUUCCAACCAGUCAGGUAGUCAACAAAGCCAACAGAAACAGAAACGGCACCGGACCCGUUUUACUCCUGCCCAGCUUAACGAACUUGAAAGAAGCUUCGCCAAAACCCAUUACCCAGACAUCUUUAUGAGGGAAGAACUGGCAUUAAGGAUCGGUCUUACGGAAUCACGUGUGCAGGUUUGGUUUCAGAAUAGACGUGCCAAAUGGAAGAAGCGAAAGAAGACCACCAACAUUUUCCGAGCUCCGGGCACCUUGUUGCCCACUCACGGCAUGCCACAAUUCCCUUCUGCUGCCGCGGCAGCAGCGGCGAUGGGCGACAGCCUCUGCUCUUUCCAUGCCAACGAUACCCGCUGGGCCGCAGCCGGAAUGCCCGGCGUUUCUCAGCUGCAACUCCCGCCCGCUUUGGGCCGGCAACAGGCGAUGGCGCAGUCCCUGUCCCAGUGCAGCCUUGGAGCUGGUCCCCCGCCCAACUCGAUGAGCCUUUCCAACAUGUCGUCUAACGGCUCAGGGCUCCAGUCACACCUGUACCAGCCCACAUUCCCUGGCAUGGUACCGGCUUCCCUCUCCGGCGCUACAAAUGUGACCGGCUCGCCCCAGCUUUGUAGCUCUCCGGACAGUGACGUCUGGAGAGGGACAAGCAUCGCCUCCCUGCGCCGCAAAGCGUUGGAGCACACGGUCUCCAUGAGUUUCACCUAAUGAGAACGACUGAUGUUGCCUUUUUUUCUUGUCAUCUCGUCAUAACAUACUGGGAAGACAACUCAGGAUGUGAAAUUUUUCAUGUGAAAAUGAGAGAAAAGGAGACUGGGUGUGUGCAGCAUAAUUGAAAGGCACAUCUGCUUAGGACGUGGAGGAUCAUUUCGAAUUAUAACAUCGUUUUCGGCGUCCUUGUGAUUUUUCAACUCUUGACUUUGCUUCGACGUAUUUCAAGACAUAUCUAUUUAUUGCCAUCAUUAUGUAUUUAUGGAAUUAUGAGUUUAUUUAUUCAUUGAUUGAUUCUUUACGUCGGUCGUCCCGUUUUUGAUUUCCAUUAGAGGUGACUGCACUGCAUUAGAUGAACAGCAGAUAUGCAGAUAUGUUCGUUGUGUUUGAUUUAAGUUACUUAUUCUUAUUAUGUUAGAUUUACACUCAGAUGGAGAAAAAAAAAAACGUUUUCUAAGUCCACCUGCACUGCGCCCACGGAGGGGCUGGCGGUACAAGUAGCAGUGCACGUGAGUGAAUCCCGGAAGUAUAGCCCAUGUGCAACCGGAAUGGGCAAAAUACUUUUUUUGACGUGGCAAAAUUUAACGAGAGAAUCCGCGAAGCAUCAUAGUUGUUUGCAUGUGCUGACCAGGUAAUACAUUGGGAGGUAUUAAUUUUAAAACAAGAAAAUUACAUUUUGUUAACCUGUUAUAUGGGAUGUUUUGUGUAGAUAAAACAUUCUUGUUACCUUCUGGUCGAUUUGUGAUAUGUUCUAACUUAUUGUCUGUGCUUAUUAUUGAAACUUGGUUUCCUAAAUGUUUGAUCCCAUACCAGCCACAUAAUUUUGUUUCCUGGACAGGUUUAUAUCAGUUUAAUGUAAAUGGAUAAAUAAAAUCAUUUUCAAUAUGUCACAUUA